UCAUCAACUAAUACAAAACUACGAACCUUCAUUCAUGCUUGUCUUGUGGUAGUUUUGUAUCUUUCGAUACAAUUGUUUAACGAUGGCGGAGCAAACAGAAGACCUUAAGGCAUUUGAGCGACGGCUGACAGAAGUAAUUGAUAAGCUACAGCCAGCUGCUAGAGGAUGGAGACUGCUUUUAGUUGUUGUCUCAAUUCUUACUGCUGUUGGGGCCUGGGCAUGGCUGUGGGACCCAAGAACUUCAGAAGUCUCCUUUACCCAGUCCUUGUUGUACCAUCCUGUCUUUGCCCUAAGCUGUUUUGUCCUUUUACUUCUGUUCCUCUGUGGAAUUCACAAGAGAGUUGUUGCACCAUCAAUUAUUGCAGCAAGAUGUCGCCUAGUUCUUGCUGAAUACAACAUGUCAUGUGAUGAUACUGGAAAAUUGAUAUUGAAGCCCCGACCAUCUACAUGACAGGAACUUCCAGUUUAAAAGUUAACAGAUUUUUACAAAAAAAUAAGUGCUAAAGAAAAGACAGUUUUUGCAUAAUAUUGUUAUAUCCUGCUUUGUUUGGCCAUUGUAAGGAAAAGAUUUUGGAAAGUAUACAAGAGGCACAGAUUGCACUAAAGACUUUGAAUCUGUGGGUGAAAAAAUAAUGCAUCAGUACUUAAAUUAGGAACAUUACGUAUUCAGAUUUUUUAGCAUUCACUGUCAUCAUCCUUGUCAAAAUUGCUUAGCUUUAGAUAGAAAUUUCGCAUUGUCUGAGAGAAUAAGUGAGGUGUGAAACUGAAUGUGAAUGAAGAAGAAUCAGUGGGUCUUAGAGUUGUCCUCUUUUCUUUGACUGACCAGUCAACUUGGAGUGAAUUAUUUUUAAACAUUGUAACAACUACAAUCAGGGAUUGAUUUCUAUUUUACUGUUGGCUUAAUUUCAAACCAGUUGUACACAUAUGUGUAGAUGUUGUCCUCAUGUUAUUUCCAUGUGAUGGUCAGCAACAACUUGAGGACUGCUGCUUCUCAAAGAGUCCUGUGUGUUGGCUUGUGCUCCUGAAAUUUGUUUCCUGAAAUCUUUUUUUCAAGUUUAAGUCCAAAACACUAUGAGUUCACAGCUCGAUGGCUCGGAUUACUAUUCUUGGAAGUCUCUUCAUUCAUUUAAUUGUGAAGUACUGGCAAGUGCUCAUUGUGCUUUAACUUUUAAAAAUACUGUGCUGUGAAUAAUGGGCACUGACAGUGGAGUCAUGAACUAGAACCUUCUUUACGUACCCCUGUUCCUUAUUUUUGUGUGUCUCUGCUCUUCAGGCUCUUUCCCAUUUUCUGCAUUUGUGGAAACAGAAUAUGUACUCUGAGUUUGUGUGUGUGCACCCACAUGCCUGCAUGCACACACACUCAAAUAGUUUUAUUAUGUAGAAAUUGUUGAAGUAAAAGGGUUGUUUAAAA